GAUGGAAUGGGAGAUGGCUAGGUAGGUCGGUGAAGGGUGUAUGACUGAGUGAGUGGGCGAAUAGAAGACCUUAUGAAUAUAUAUAAGUAGGGUGGAUGGGCAGGUGGAAACCUCUGGCUGCAGAUGGAGAUCUUGGUGUACAACCUUGGCACUUUUCAGGUGAGUAGUGGCUUAUCUUCUGACCCCACCUUGGCUCAGUUUAACUCCACGGACACAUAUUCUCUUUUUCUAGGUUUGGCUUUCCUUCUGUGUCUCUCUGGGUCUCCAAGAAUCCUACCCUGAAGCUCAGAUUGAACUAAGCCCUUGGCUUGUGUGCUGACCUCCUCAGUAGUAAGAACUCCUGGGAAAGAGCCUCCGUCUUCCUGAGGAUAUGGUACCCAACCUACUCUCCCUGACUCCAGUGGCUUCCUUUUAAGCCCGAAAUCCAUCCUCUCUCUGGCAGCCUCACCCACUUCUCCCUCAGACAUCAAACCAUCCCAUCAGCUCCCCACUCUUUCUGCUACACUCCUUUCUGCCCCCACCCAGCUCUCCAGCCCAAUUUCCACUCUUUCAUGGGCCCCUCCCCUGGGGAUGGUGGAGAUACAGGAUAAAUUAGAGGGACUCAUUCAGGGCAGUUUCCUGCUUCCAGUCCAAGAAUUCGUCUUUCCUCCCCCAGGGCUCCCAGGCGACCAUGGAUGUGGGUCUCUUGGUCCUCCCGGAUGUACCCCAGGGUCACCGCAAAACUCUGCCGGGAGCGCGGGUUCGCGGUCCGGCCGUGCGCCGGCAGCGGGAGUUCAUGCCGGAAGAGAAGAAGGACACAGUUUACUGGGAGAAGCGCAGGAAGAACAACGAGGCGGCCAAGAGAUCCCGCGAGAAGCGCCGUCUCAAUGACGCGGCCCUGGAGGGCCGGCUGGCCGCCCUGCUCGAGGAGAAUGCUUUGCUCAGGGCUGAGCUGCGGGCGCUCAAGCAUCGCUUUGGUCUCCUGCCCGCCACGGGUGGGACCCGGACCCUGCCUACUCUGCUAUGGGAUUCCCCCUGGCCUGGGGACUCCAGUCCUAGGGCUGAUCAGACCCUGACUCUACCUGGCUCCCACGGUUGCCUCUUGAGACCGUGUUCCUUGGACGCUGGGGUUCCAGGAUGCUGGCGCUGCCUAGUGGCUCACAGGUGGACUAGCCUGGCCACUCCCCCCAGGUCCCUCCAGGACCCUGCCUCAAAAAGAGUGGACAUGGCCUUGCAGGCUGCCCUGCCUGCUGCCUUCUUCAGCUGUCACCUCCUGGAUAGGCACGGGGGCCCCAGACCAGAGCUCAGGCCCUGCUGGGGGCUGUGGUCACCCAUACCCACUGCAUACCAGGCCUCAGGGUCCUCUGACGUGUUGCUGACAGCCGGUGUGGAUCCCAUGGGGUUGCCUCCCAGAGUGGCCUGCCCGGUCCCUGAGAACCAUCCCCAGGAGGAUCUGGCUCAGGCCUCCCUGCCCCAUAAAUUGCGAAUCAAGUCCCGAGCUUCCAGCAGAGUACCUUGGGGCUGGGAGAGUGGCGGGAGCCCCAUCUGAAAGCUUCCCCUGGGCAAGGCCAGGCCUGCAAGGCUGUAGUGGGGACUGAUCAUGGGUUUGUCUGGGAGUAUGAGUGGCUUGGCUUUGACCCAGCUCCAAAAACUGGGCAAGGCUGGGGAUAUAAUCCACUUUUUAGUGUCCAGACCAGAUUUUUAAGAGGAGAGUCUGUGGGACCUUGGGUCAUAUCAUGGUUCCUAUUCUGCCUGAAAUAUGUUUUGGGUAGUCACUUUUUCUUCCUCUUUCCAUUUAUCCAUCCAUCCAUCCAUCCAUCCAUCUAUCCUUCUGUCUGCCCUCCCAUCCAUUCAUCCAUUCACUGAUCCUUGCAUGUGUCCAUCUGUCCAGUCAUCCAUCCACCCAUCUAUGCAUUUGUCCAUCCAUCCUACCUUCCUUCCAUUCUUCUAUCUGUCUAUUCAUUCAUCUAAACACUCAGCCAUCUAAUCACAUCAACUCACCCACCCAUUCUCCCUUUCUCCCACCCUUCCUUCCAUCUGUCCGUCCUUAGAUCUAUUGAUCCAUCCACCCAACCACUUUACUCUGAAUCUACACACCUAUCCAUUCAUCUACCUACCCAUAUGUCUGUCCAUUCAUCAAUACUUUUAUACAUUAAUCAUUCAUGUGCUCAGUUGAUCAUUCAUUCAUUGUCUCACUCAUUUAUUUACAAUUCAUAGUGCCCAGCUUAGUAACAAGCGUGAGAACAGCUUCCUGGCUUUGGGGUUCCUAUUCUAGGGGGAUGGUGGGGACUGGGAACAGACACACUGAGGGCCAUACUGAAGGAGAAGGUAAAAUUUUAGGAUGUCUGACUCCUCACUUCUUGCAGGGGCGGGUGUGUGUACUUACCUCCUGGUGUGGAGGUCAGACUUACCCAGUUCAGGUGGCUUCCUCUGUGUGCUGAGUCACAGCCCAAGCCUCCGGAACAGAUCCUCAGUAUCUAAGGGUGUGUAUGUUAGUCUUCUCUCUCUCUUUGGCUACUUGUAUCCUAGAAGACCUCUCAGCCCCAGAACACAUCCUGGGCUUGAAGACUUACAUCUCCCAAGAAGAUCCUGAGGAGACAGGAAGGAGGGCUGCCUGGAGGUGGCAGCUCUAGCCUGUUCCCUUCUUAGCCAGAGCCCACUGUUGGAAAGGGGUAGACUGGGGGUGCAGAGAAGUUGGCUCUCAACAUAAAGAUGCCACAUAGUUGUGGGUGAUCAUGCAUAGAGGCCUUAAAUGCAGGCUUGGCCCUAGAAAUGUUAAAAAAAUGCUGACAGGCAGACAGAAGAAGGAAGUCGGGGCGUAGCAUACCACCUCUGGGAGAUGUGGGUAGCUUGGUGCUUCCUCUUGGUGAGUCCACUCAUCUGGUGUGUCUGAAGUGUCUGAGCCCAGCUCACUCACACCCCGUGUACUCAGGGGAAUGGGGGUUGGUGGCCCUUGGAUCAUUCAAGUCCCUUUUAACCUUCCAGCUCCAGUUGGAAAAGCCCAGAGAAGGAUCUGCCUAAAACAGGUCAUAGAAUUUCAACAUCAGGAGGGGCUCCGAGACUCUAGUGAUGAGUGGUUAUCUAGUUUCUACCUGCAUUCCUCUAGGGACAGAGAACUCACUCCCUUCAAAACCCCAUUACUGUUCCUUCUCUACAGCCAGAACCCACUGCUUGAAAACUUCUACCUCUGAUCCUAUUCUUACCACAGGGGACCACUCAGACCCCCUGCCCCACCCCUCCCUCUACUUGGAGGUGGCCUGUGGAGCCUCUGGUUCCUCUUCUCCAAAGUAGAGACCACCACACCUACCUCAGAUGGUUUGAGAAGAUUAAAUCUCAUUUACUACCGUGUAGCACUUCAUACGCAAGUUCAACAGAUGUUAACUCCUCUCUCUUCUUUUCCUUUUUAGAAAGCACUCACGCUCCCAACCCCAGAGUAGUGCUGUCUUCAGGGGAAAUGUCCUCUCAUUCUUCAAAAUUGUUUCCCUUCACCCUGACCUAGCUCUUUACUAUUUUUUUGUCAAUGUCAUUUAUAUAUGAUGGUUCUUGGGACAGAAUAUGAAUCAUUUCUUCAUUCAUCAAAUGCAUAUAUAUUUUUCAAUAAAUGUUUUUUUUUUUUUAUCUCCUUCUGUGUGUCAAACAGGAA